AUGUCACUAUCCUGGACCUUGGGUCCACCUACCGAGAGUCCCUUCUUUCGUUUUCUUCGAUCGCAGUUCCAGGCCUCGCCCCAAUGGCCGUCUAAAGAGACCAAUCUAGCAGGCAAAAUCGCCCUCAUGACCGGCGCCAGCAGUGGCCUUGGACUCGAGGCUUCCCGCCAACUCUUAUCCCUGGGCCUAUCAAGACUCAUCAUUGCCGUGCGAUCGACUGACAAGGGUGAAAGAGUAGCAGCUGAAUUCCGAACUCAGUUUCCCGAGGCGGACAUCCAGGUCUGGCAUCUCGAAAUGGAAUCUUACAGGUCGGUGCAAGACUUUGCUCUCCGGAUCGACCGAGAAAUGAACCGCCUCGACAUUGCCAUCCUUAAUGCGGGCGUCCAGGCGCUCCAUUUCGAAACGGUCUCGGAAACUAGGCACGAGAAAUUGCUCCAGGUCAACUACCUUUCCACCAUGCUCCUCGCAAUCCUCCUCCUGCCGGUUCUCAAGACAAAGUCCCCGCCCGACGCGCCCGGGCGUCUGACCAUUGUCAGCUCCGGAACGGCACGUGGCGCCGAAAUCACCUGGUCGCUGGCGGGCGCGGGCAUCCUGUCCCACCUAGACGACAGCCGGCAUUCAUGGAACCCAGUAACGCGGUACGCCGUGACCAAGCUGCUGGGGCACUUGUUCGUUCUCGACCUGGCACGCCGCGUCGAGGCCCGUGACGUUGUGGUCAACCUCGUGGACCCGGGCCUGGUCAAGGAUACGAACCUACAGGGCGGUGCGAGCGCGCCGCUGCCUAUUGCCGCCUUCUUCUAUGGCAUGAAGACCUUGUUGGGACGUUCACUACCAGUGGGUGCGUCCACUUAUAUCGAUGCUGUGAUUUCCAAGGGGGUCGAGUCGCAUGGUAGUUAUGUGGCGGACUGGAACAUUGCUGCGUUCGCUGCUUUUGUGUACACGCCCAAUGGCGAGGCGGCUCGUAAGCAAUUGUGGACAGAAACCAUGUUGGAGUUUGAUGCUUGGGGUGCACAUGAGAUACUGAAAGGUGUCAAAGAUACUGUCACAGGUACUAGUGCCAUGGUGUCAUGA